ACAAUAAUAAAAUAAUUAAUUACGAUAAUCAAAUUACGCAAAGUAAUUAAUUAUUUUAAUCAUUCUUAACAAACUUUUUUUCCCUCUUUUAUUAUACUCACUCUCAACUGUUGAGAAAGGAGAGAAGAAGAUGAAGCUCCUCUCUGCAUUUCGAUCGAGUUACUUGAACCGCCGAGGAACCGCCUUCAGAUCGUUGGAUCCGUCGUCAUUCGACGGAGGUUUCAUCCCCCCCAAGCCAUCAUCAUCUCCAUCCUCAAUCUUCUGGCUACUGAUCCACUGUCUCUGCUGCUUGAUCAGCUUGAUUCUAGGGUUCCGAUUCAGCCACUUAGUCCUCUUCUUCCUCUUCUCCACUUCCGUCACCAAUCUCUACACCACCACCAACGGCGGGGUAAGCCAUCAUCUGCUCCAGCUUAAGCCUAACGUCACGGAGAAGAGCUCUAGAGUGGUGGUUGGGAGACACGGGAUCCGGAUCCGUCCGUGGCCCCACCCGAACCCGAUCGAGGUCAUGAAAGCUCACCAGCUUCUCCAGAGAGUGCAGGAGGAGCAGAAGUCGCUCUACUACGGCGCGAGCUCGAGGAGCCCCAGGACUGUGAUCGCGGUGACGCCGACUUACGUACGGACGUUCCAGGCGCUUCAUCUGACCGGAGUCAUGCACUCGCUGAUGCUCGCGCCUUACGACGUGGUGUGGAUCGUGGUGGAGGCCGGCGGGAAGACGGAAGAGACGGCUUCCUUAAUCGGGAGAUCGAGAUUGAUCAAGAAGACGAUUCACGUUGGAUUCGAGAAGAAGAUGCCGAACACUUGGGAGGAUCGAAGGAGGAUGGAGAGCGAGAUGAGGGUUGAGGGGUUGAGGAUCGUGAGGGAGGAGAAGUUAGAUGGGGUUGUUGUGUUUGCUGACGAUAGCAACAUGCAUAGCAUGGAGUUGUUUGAUGAGAUUCAGAAUGUGAGGUGGUUUGGUGCUUUGUCUGUUGGGAUACUCGCUCACUCUGGUAACGCUGAUGAGUUGUCAUCGGCGUUGAAGACGACGGAUCGAGAAGGGAUGCCGAUGCCGAUCCAGGGUCCUAGUUGUGAUUCGUCUGGGAAGCUAGUGGGUUGGCAUGUUUUCAACACGCAGCCUUAUGCUACCAAGAGUGAAGUUUAUGUUGGUGACAAAGCGGAUGUGAUGAUGAUGCCUAGUAAGAUGGAGUGGUCAGGGUUUGUGUUGAACUCUAGGUUGCUUUGGAAGGAAUCUGUAGAUGAUAAACCGAUAUGGGUUAAAGAUGUUAACAGCUUGUUGGAUGGUGGUAAUGAAGGAAUUGUAGAUGGUCCGUUGUCUCUGGUUAAGGAUCCUUCCAUGGUGGAACCACUUGGAAGCUGUGGCCGUAGUGUCUUGCUUUGGUGGCUCAGGGUUGAAGCCAGAGCUGAUAGCAAGUUCCCACCUGGCUGGAUCAUAAAGUCUCCCUUGGACAUAACUGUGCCAUCAAAGAGCACACCAUGGCGAGACCCCUCAAAGCUCCCAGUGAAAAACAACCAACCAGCCAUGGAAAAGCGCUCUGGUAAGCCGAGAGGACCAGAGAGCAAUAACUCUAAGGGGAAACAAGAACCGAAAGCUUUUGAUGGUAUCAAAUCAUCAGCAACUCGUUGAAGGAUAUAAAACAUAUAGGCUGAGUUUUCAUAUUCUUGUUUUCCACCGUAGAUAUCAAAAGAAAUUGUUUGGUGUGCAUUGGCUUCAUCGUAUACAAUACAAAAUCUCAUGAGUUCUUCACUUUUUAUCUUGAAAACAAAAUUUGGAAGACAAUAGUAUCUGACAUGAAUGAUUUGAUUAAACGUUAGUUUUUUCACUUUUUC